AUGUCUUCCGCCGAGAGCUUCCAUGCUCCGCCUCCUGGCGCUACAAUCCACCAGCUCAAGAUCAAGACCAUAUUCGAUGCUCUCAGCGAGCGCGACAAGCUCUAUGCCCACUACCUUGCACGCGCAGCAUGGCAUGGAAGCAGAAUCGUUAUGCGGCAGGUGUCGCCAGAAAGCCCCGACAUCUUCGACUUCAUCAUGCAUCUCUACCAUGCUUACACCUUGGUAGCGCAAUGGGACACCUUGGUAGCGCAAUGCAAUGUCACUCCCGAAGAGCUGGCUUCAUUUCUCGAAUAUGCUGCCAUGUUCCUUUGCAACUUGGGCAACUUCAAUGGAGAGGGCGACCAGAAAUUCGUCCCUGAUGUAUCAGCAGAAGCUCUCAGGAAGCUUGCUAGCAUUUCCCCAAAGACGGAAGCCGGGUUAGACAAGAUGAUCGACCCUCUUCUAGCAGUUCCACCGUUCAGCCUGGGAUACCCUGGUGAAAAUACGCAGUCGGGCUACUACCCUACCGAGGAGCCCAUCACCAGGGAUGACAUCGCCAAGGUCUCGGACGUGAUGAACAAAAGGUCAAUCGGCCCGGAGAAUACCCGCGUUCGAAAAGUGCUCAAGGAUGGCAAGCCUGUGUUGCAGCUGUUGCAAGCUUCUGCAGAAACUGAUGUGCUCGAGAGUGGUGACAACGAACUCGCAGAUGGUAUCUUGCUUGUCCGAGGAGACCACUCGGAGGAACUGGCCAAGAUCUGCUCUGAUUUGGAAAUGGCGAAGCAGUAUGCAGGCAACGAUAAACAGACUGCGUUUUUGACACAUUACAUCGAAUGCUUUCGUACUGGCAGUUUAGAAGCCUUCCAGGAGUCGCAAAAGACCUGGGUGACGGAUGUAUCGGCCACAGUCGAAAACAUACUUGGCUUCAUCGAGCCUUACCGCGACCCCGCUGGAAUCCGUUCUGAGUGGGAGGCCAUGAUAGGCAUUGCCGAUGCCGAUGAAAUCAAGAAGUUGAAAACCUUUGUCGACAGCUCAGCUACAUUCAUUCGACAGCUCCCAUGGGCGGUCGAGGGAGUGAAUGAUGGCAAAGGGCCAUAUGAGAAGAGUCUAUUUGAGGCUCCAGACUUUACUAGUGUCCACGCACUGGCUGUGUGCGGCAGCAUCGUCUUCGAAGCCGCCAAUCUCCCAAAUUACGAAUACAUCCGAGAAACCCACGGCUUCAAGAACAUUGUCCUCGCAAAUCGUCUCAGCGUCAACAAUAACCCUGACCUUCCCUGCUAUUGGGUUGACUCUUCCGAGCUCAAGUUUUUCCAAAGUACCACGCACAUUGUGAGAUUUCUCACCACUGCCAUUCAUGAAUUGAUUAGUCACGGCACAGGCAAGCUCCUCAGCGAGACUUCUCCAGGAACCUACAACUUUGACAAGCAGAAUCCUCCAAUCAGCCCCCUCAGCGGGGAAGCCAUAACUUCACACUAUCGACCCGGCCAGACGUGGACAAGUGUGUUUGGGAAGCUGGCAGGAACAGUGGAGGAAUGUCGUGCAAUCUUGAUGUCGGAAUAUUUCAUGGAUAACAAGCAUCUGCUGAGCAUUUUUGGCUACACCGAUAGCAGCAGCAUCACAGCUCAAGACCGUACGUCGCAAAAAUCCAAAUUACUGUAUAAUACGACACUAAUUCUCCAUCAAAUGUAG